CCGAAGCCUAUCCACCCGAAGGAUUGAGACUCGAGGGCCACCCAACGAGCUAAUCUAAAUCAAUUUCAUGGCACGAAAAUCUUCAUUGAUUAAUUUACCAAAGAUUCGUAAAUCCAGAACAUAGUAUUUUAAGCUCAAUUUGCUGUUCUCAUCCAUUUCUGCUUCCCCAGUAAUGCUAUCAUGAGCAGAAAGAUUAUGCUUUUCUAGCUGCAAGUAAGAUUUUCUUACCUCGGUUUUUGCUUUAUCUUGCUUUUCUAUUUCCUAGAGGGAAGCAUGCAAACUCUAAGCGCUCAGCCCUCAAAUGGCAACUACUUUGCAGUACGUCCUUCGAGCAUUGAAGUAGAUUCUUAUUUCUAUAUCUGCGCGACAAUUAGAAGGAAAAAGAAGUUGGGCCCUGUUUUUUCCGUUUCUCAGAGUAGAAGUAUUGGUGUUUUUGACUGUUCAAGUAAUUCAAGAAUUAAUAGGAGUGAAGCUUGCUUUGGAAUUCCAAAUUUUGAUUUGAAGUGUGGGAUUUUGUUAGGAUACUCUAAAUUUAAAUUCGCUUCCCUUAUCAAACCAAAGAAUGAUAUUGGAUUCAUGGCUCCCUUGGCAUGGGCGUUGGAGGAUCAGGCUAUCGGGGAGAACACUGAUUCCAUAAACAGUUCGUCGCUUGACAGUGACAGAGAUGGUAUAAACUGUUUAAAUUUGGAUGAAGUUCAAGACAGUUAUUAUGAACAAAUGCAAGGAGAAGAGAUUGACUCUAAAAUUGAUGUUCGAGCACUUGCAUUCAGCUUGCUCUCUGCCAAGACAGUAGAUGAAAUGGAGGAAAUUCUUAAGGACAAAGGGGACUUGCCCCCUCAGGUGUAUUCAACCAUCAUAAGAGGUUUUGGCAAGGAGAAGAGGAUGGAUUCUGCAUUAAUUCUUAUGAAUUUAUUGAACAGGAAAAGGAUUGAAACCAAUGGUUCUUUUAGCCCAAAUCUGUUCAUAUAUAAUAGUCUGUUGGGUGCAGUCAAACAGUCUCAAGAAUUUGCAGAAAUUGAAACAAUUAUGAAUGAAAUGGAUCAAGCAGGGAUCACUCCUAAUGUUGUGACAUAUAAUACUUUGAUGGCUAUCUACAUAGAAAAAGGAGAAGGCGACAAGGCCCUCAGUGUUUUUGAGGAAAUCCAUAACAAGGGCCUCAUUCCAUCUGCAGUGUCCUAUUCUCAAGCCUUGCUGGCAUAUAGAAGAAUGGAAGAUGGCUAUGGAGCUUUGAAUUUCUUUGUUAAAUUUAGAGAAAAAUAUCGUCAAGGUGAAAUAGGAAAAGAUGAUGAUGGAGAAGAUUGGGAGGCUGAGUACAUCAAGCUCGAAAAGUUCACAAUUCGUGUUUGCUAUCAGGUAAUGCGCCGUUGGCUUGUCAGCCAUGAUAACUUAAGCAAUAAAGUUCUACGGCUGCUUGAUGAUAUGGGUAAAGCAGGGAUUCAUCCAGGUCGGGCAGAGCUUGAGAAGCUCGAGUGGGCUUGUACCCGUGAAGACCAUUACCCAGUAGCAAAAGAGCUAUACAGCAGGAUACGAACUAGGUAUAGUGAAAUCAGCUUGUCUGUCUGCAACCAUGCAAUUUGGCUUAUGGGAAAGGCCAAGAAGUGGUGGGCAGCUUUGGAGAUAUAUGAGGAUCUGUUGGACAAAGGGCCAAAGCCAAAUAACUUGUCAUAUGAGUUAAUAAUGUCGCACUUCAAUGUUCUUCUGAGUGCAGCUAAGAAAAGGGGAAUAUGGAGAUGGGGUGUCAGGUUGCUAAACAAGAUGGAAGAUAAGGGUCUGAAACCUGGAAGCAAGGAAUGGAAUGCAGUUCUUGUGGCCUGCUCCAAGGCUUCAGAAACCAGUGCAGCUGUGCAAAUAUUUAAGAGAAUGGUGGAAAAUGGUGAAAAACCUACUAUAAUUUCCUAUGGGGCUUUACUCAGUGCUCUGGAAAAGGGAAAACUCUACGAUGAGGCCCUUCGAGUGUGGGACCAUAUGAUCAAGGUAGGGGUUGAGCCAAAUGCAUAUGCCUACACAAUCAUGGCUUCAAUUCAUACUGCCCUGGGAAAUUUUAACAGAGUUGAUGACAUCAUUUCCGAGAUGAUAGCACUAGGAAUUGAACUCACAGUAGUGACGUACAAUGCAAUAAUCAGUGGCUGUGCAAGGAAUGGCAUGGGAAGUGCAGCCUAUGAAUGGUUUCACAGGAUGAAAGCUCAGAAGAUUGCUCCCAACGAGAUAACUUACGAAAUGCUGAUUGAGGCUCUUGCUAAGGAUGGGAAGCCGAAGCUGGCAUUUGAGGUAUACACGAGGGCACACAAUGAGGGACUUCAUCUAUCUUCAAAAGCCUAUGAUGCUGUGUUGGAAUCUUCUCGCGCUUAUGGAGCCACCAUUGACUUAAAUCUCUUAGGACCACGUCCUCCAGAGAAGAAGAAGAAAGUGCAGGUUAGAAAGACACUGACUGAAUUUUAUAACUUGGCAGAUGUUCCCAAGAAAAGUAAACCAUUCGAUAGGAGUGAAAUUUAUUACUCUCAGAGAGAAGUAAAUCAGGGAUCUGAUACUUCCUCUGGAGACUCUUGGCCGUGAAAUUGAAGCGCCUCUCUUUGCUCAUACACAACUGAGCAAGUUUCGCUUUUGAACCCGACGUCAAAUAUAGGAGCUCAGUCUUAUUUGUGCUGCGAGUUGGUCUGAACAAGAAAGCACUAACUUUCAUCCACCUUUGAAAUCAAGUGGAAAUCGAAAGUAACUCUUUCAGUUUUGGGUAAAUAAAGAGAAAUGUCAUAUUAAUAGCUAAAGACACGCAGAUUAUAUGUACGGUCGUGCAGUCAUAAGUUCACAGCUACGUUCUGUUGUGACAAAAUCUUCUCGGCUGUUUCCGUCGACAAUAGUUGCUGCAGGAGAUGGGCCGGUGCAGGCCAUUUAAAUGGGCCCAAAGCGGAACAUAUGUGUUUUUAUUGGAACAAAACUAAAAAGGGUUAUGAAUCGUGAGAGAUGAUGGUGACGUGAGAUGGUGGGAGGAGACGUUGAAGUCAUUAAGUGAAAUAAUACUGGAAGAAGGACAUAGUCAUAAACAAUAAUUAUAAUUAUCAUGUUGUCUUCGCCAGAAUCCAAUUUUGCUUUUCCUU